GGAAUAAGUUACUUCUGAUUUUGAAUUUGUAUUUCUCGUUUACCACCAUGUGUAUUUGCAGCUUCUUUCCUCUGCUUUGUCUGUUCCUGUUAUUUUCAAGGGCAGACGCUAUCUUCGGUUACGCUGUGAUUCAUUGCCAGUUUACUGCCUCUCAUGAUCAUUUUUAUUUGGAGCAGAUCUUCUUUAAUAAGGUGCUUCUGGGUCAAUACAACAGCACUUUGGGAAAAUAUGUCGGCUUCACAGAGAAAGCACAAGAAGUAGCAGAGGACCUCAACAAAAACCAGGCUUUUAUGAGAGAAGCAGUGAAGAAUGAAGCAACAUGCAAAACCAACAUCCCAAUUAUAGUAGACCUUCUUUCAAAAUCAGUCGAGCCGUCUGUUUGGCUGAGGUCAGUUGAGGCAGUGGACAGCAGACAUCCAGGCAUGCUCGUCUGCAGUGCGUACAACUUUUAUCCUCAACAGAUCCGAUUGACUUGGCUGAGGAACGGACAGGUGGAGACAUCUGAUGUGUCGUACACUGAUGAACUGCCCAAUGGGAACUGGCUCUACCAGAUUCACUCCUAUCUGGAGUUUACACCCAGACCAGGAGAGAAAAUCACCUGUAUGGUGGAGCACGCCAGCCUCAUGGAGCCCAAGCUUUAUGACUGGGAGCCGAAGCCUGAGUCAGUGACGAACAAGAUCGCUGUCGGGACAUCAGGGCUGCUGCUGGGUCUGGUGUUUUUAGUUACUGGGCUGAUUUACUACAAGAAGAACACUAUUGGGCGGAUGUUGGUGCCAACAAGCUAAGAUUUGUAUUACAAGCACAAAAUCUGGACUUUUCAGGCAAGCUCUUCCUUUUCUUUCCUGCUGCUGUUACUCUCAUUUUCUAGAGGGGAUUCUCUCUUCGUUCACACAAUAACACAAUGUCAGUUUAAUUCCAACGAAGGUCGUGAUGCUGUUUACCUGGAGCAGUACUACGGUGACAAGAUCUUCCUUGGGCAAUACAACAGCACUUUGGGAAAGUUCACUGGCAACACAAAGAGAGCAAAGGAAAUUGCAGAUACCUACAACAAAAAUCCUGUAAUUAUGGCACAACAGAGAAGAAUGGCAGAGCAUUGCAAAAACCACAUCGCUCGCUCAUGUAAUGUAUUUUUGAAGCCAGUCGAGCCCUCGGUCAGGCUGAGGUCAGUUGAGGCAGCGAGCAGUGGACAUCCAGGCAUGCUCGUCUGCAGUGCGUACAACUUUUAUCCUAAACAGAUCAGGGUGACGUGGUUGAAGAAUGGACAGGAGAUGCCGUUCGGUGUAAUGUCCACUGAGAAAAUGUCCAAUGGGAACUGGCUCUACCAGAUUCACUCCUAUCUGGAGUUUACGCCCACACCUGGAGAACAAAUCACCUGUAUGGUGGAACACGCCAGCCUCAUGGAGCCCAAGCUUUAUGACUGGGACCCAAAGACUGAGUCAGAGAGGAAUAAAAUUGCUGUUGGGACAGCAGGGAUGCUGCUGGGUUCUGUCUUUUUAGUCACUGGGCUGAUUUACUACAAGAAGAAUUCUCCUGGGCGGGUGUUGGUGCCAAAAGGUCAAGGACGGACACCUGAAGUCAGAGAAGCAAGUGGGGACUCACAUGAGGACCCUGAUCAAACCCAGUGCGGGAAUCUGCUGACGAAACCUUAAAUGACUCAUUCUCAUCAUGUUAACUCUACAAAGCUAACAUUCAUAAUACACAUGAUUAACAAGCCUAAAAACUCAAAAUAUUUGAAGAAUAAAAAUUUUAAAUCUCAGAAAAAACUUAAAAUCACUCUGGAUUUCUUCUGUGCAUACACACAUUAGAUAACAUGUUGUGACCCACUUUUAUCU